GAAGUGGAGAAGCAGCUCCGAUGAUGAUGAUGAUGAUGAGCGUGUAGCUCACUGAACUGGGAGGAGAAACCAACAGCAGCAGCAGCAGCACCGACAACUUCACAGGUGAAAAUGAGCGACGCGAACCAGCCUCGACUUGAACUUUUCGUGAAGGCAGGAAGUGAUGGUCAGAGCAUCGGUAACUGCCCAUUCUCUCAGCGUCUCUUCAUGGUUCUGUGGCUGAAAGGAGUCACCUUUGACGUGACCACGGUGGAUAUGAAAAGGAAGCCAGACAUCUUGAAGGACCUGGCUCCGGGUGCUCAGCCUCCCUUCCUGCUGUACGGCAGCGAGGUGAAAACUGACACCAACAAGAUCGAGGAGUUUCUGGAGGAGAAUCUCAGCCCUCCAAAAUGUCCCCGUCUGGCAGCUCGUAAUCCAGAGUCCAACACGGCUGGCAUGGACGUCUUCUCCAAGUUCUCCGCUUACAUCAAGAACUCAAACCCUCAGACGAAUGAAAACCUAGAGAAAGGCCUGGUGAAGGCUCUGACGAAGCUGGACGACUACCUCAGCUCCCCACUUCCUGACGAGAUCGACGAGAAUAGCACAGAUGAGGUCACUUCCUCAUCCCGCCCCUUCCUGGACGGCCAAGCGCUCACUCUGGCUGACUGCAACUUGCUGCCGAAGCUGCACAUCGUGAAGGUGGUGUGUUUGAAAUACAGAAACUUCAGCAUCCCUCAGUCCCUGACAAACCUCUGGAGGUACCUGAACGCUGCGUACGCCAGGGAGGAGUUCGCCUCCACCUGCCCAAUCGACAACGAGAUCCACAUUGCCUACUCCUCUGUCGCUAAAGCUCUCAAGUAGGAGAAGAAUGGUGGUACACAUGUCCUGAAUAUACCAGCAGAGCAACUUGCAAAAGAAUAAAAACACACACACACUCACUCACGAGCCGUGCGAGCAACAUGAUCGACAAGUCCCUCUGUUAGUUGCGAGUGUUGCAGGAUGCUCUCCUAACACGCUUUAGCUGCUUGCACAGAUUUAUUUUUGUCCUAGAACUGGAUUGACAGUCGGGAAACAAGGAAGAGCAGGAGUUCCACGAGCUGACAAAACACAACGGUUCAGCUCUGGUUUCAUUCAUUUAGCUGGCGAUUUCUUAUUGACCGUCAUUAGGAGAUGAAUGAAAGUCCGGUGACUUGUCAAUCAUGUUGCUUGCAGGGACACACGAACAUGUUCACACACUUUUUUUUAAACUACAGCCUUGCUUGUGUACAGUUUCACCAUCAGUAGAAACACUGAUGCUUCUUGUUCCAUUUUUGUUGACUCUUCCGUUUUGUCCUUGAUGUUUUUAUGGGGUGGGGUUAAAUUUCGACACAAAGCUGCCUACCAGAUCUAACUUUCACCAGUACCUUGCGAGCCUCACACAGGCUGAUUCAGCUCCUAUUCUUCUGUUUAAGGAAAUGAAGUUUGCAUACGAGCUCACCUGCCAAAGAGUCUUUUGUGGUUUGUCUGUAAUCACAGAUGCUUCACGUUGACUUUUAUUUCAUUAUUGAGGGAACAAGGCCUUUCACAGCUAUGAAUUACAACAUUUUGUUACUACCAUUAAAGCCAAUUUUUAUUUGCAACCUUUGCAACCUCGUUGCGUCUCAGAGAGGAAGGAGGUGCACAUUGAGUCCUGUGUAGGGGGGCCGAGUUGAACACAGUUACAGAGACAGGAAACGGUUUCAAUAGAGUCGGGCUUCCCCUUUCUGUGCUCCCACAGCAGGCACGAAGAGUUAUUCUAGAUUACCAAGCUUGUUUGUGAUCUUGCCAGCAUUUUAUUUAGGUCUGCCUGUCAUGUAUGGAAGUGAGAGAACUGUAGCCGCUGUGGAUGAAGAAGUGACGCCGUGCUCGCAUGUUGGUCAUGAAGGGAAACAAGAGCAGGAAAUUAUGUUUGUAAUGUUAAAAAAAUGCAGCUUUAGUGAGCAGGUUGUUGUUUAGUGAUGAAAGAAUAAGGCUGGCAACAUAUAUUGCUCUAAUUGUGAGUAAAUCCCAUGAAAACAAUCUGUUUCUCAAAACUAAUAAUAACAAACGUUUCUGGGUGUUUGCCUGAUAAGUCUAGUCAGGCAGAAGUUCAUUAAUAGUAAAUUAAAGCUCAUUAUGCAUUAAACUGUUGGGGACAAUUUUAAGGUGUGGAAUAAUACACAUUUAGUGCUUGUCUUGAGAAGAAACUACGCUGCCCAUAUUAAUCAUGAAGGAACACAAGGCAUCAACGUUGCUCAUUUGUAACCACUUUAGAGCCACAACACUGUUCAUCGGUUCACCAUUUUGGUCCAAACAAAUGACAAAUUCAUUCAUGUUUCGAGAUGAUGAGUCCUACAGACUUUUGUUGAUCCCUUGACUUCUCCUUAAGAGCCACCAUGGGGCUCACUUUGGUGGUUUUCAGUGAAAUGUGUUAAUAGCUAUUGGAUGCAUCACUAGGAAAUUUGUUACAGACGUUUAACGCCCCUUUUAGGAUGUUGCUGAUCCUAUAAGUUUACCUUGACCGCCAUCAUCAUCAAAUAUCUGCAAAAUUAUUGUUUGUGUUUAAUGCAAGUCAGUGCGUUUGCACCCGCCUUGGUCUGCACACUUAAAAAUAGUGAGGAGCUUAGAGUGUAGUUGUAGUGCCUUGAUGUCAAAAGGAGUCAGCUGAGGUGGUUCAGUAAUCGGGUUAGGAUGCCUCCUGGGUGCCUUGUUUUGGAGGUUUUCCAGGCCACUAGGAGGGGACCGAUCGAAACAGAACUCACUAGAUGGGUUACAUAUCUCAUCUGGCCUGGGGACGCCUUGGCAUCCCCCUGAAGGAAAUCAUAAAAUGUGGUGAGGGACGUUAGCCUGCUGCCACUAAGACCGACUCUGGUAAACCGGAAGAAACAUGGAUAUAGUGGAUUGUAGCAUGCUAACACCCCAAUUAAAGCUAAUGACCAUGGUUGUUCCUGCUACUAAUCAGCAUGUUGACACUGAGCAUGUUAACAUGCUGAUAUUAGCAUUUAGCACAAGCACAGCUACAGAGGUUGUGUGUUGUUGAUCAUAAUCGCAGAAACUUUGCUGGUAUGUACCAAUACCAUGGAAAUUCCACAAUUCUUCAUACUAAAUUAGAUUUUUAAGAAAAAUCUAUGUAAUAGAUGCAAUAACAUUUCAGGAUUUGAAGCUACUAAUAUAAAAUCAACAACUGGGACUCA